AUGACGAACCCCGUCGCUCCCACAGACGACGAGCACCGUGUCCCCGACCACCACUUCCUCGCCUACCCGCCCUUCCCCGCAAAGGACCAAACCGCCGCCAUGGUCGAGUCCUUUGAAGACUUCAAGCAAGAGCCCAUCAUGAUGCCUUCCCUCCCUCCCGGCGACUAUACCGACGACGACCUCCGCCGUGGCCUCGAUGGAUGGACCGACGAAGCCGCAAUGACCGGUACCGAUGCGUACGGCCAGCAACUCAUCGACCUCAGCAUUGACCGCACUCCUGAGGCCGUUGCUGCCGCCAAGCGCGACAGGUCGAACCGCUACAACGAGCGCCAGCGCCUCCGUUGGCGCGUCAAUGUCGUAGACGCGUUCAAGAUUGGAAGUGACCCCAACUGGAAUGAGCCUGAGGGUACUCUUAACGUGGACUGCGACAUUUCUCGUCCUCCUUUCAACCGACUGAUGGAUGCCACUCUAGGCUUCCUCGACUCGCGCUUCGAUGCGUUUGGCAACAAACGCUGGAAGCAGCUCUUCGUCAUGAUUCGCUACGGCUUCGGCCUCAAGACCGAGUUCUCUGGUCUCCACUGGCCGGGAAGUGGUUCCUACGCCCAAAAGUACCACUACACCCAUGCUGCGCGCCGUGGUGCAAGCUAUGAGCAGCGUGGAUUGAUGAACCUCGACACUAUCGGCGAGUCUUGCGCCCUUCUUCGCAGCCCCGAGCAGGCCACGCGUGGCUUCCUUGCCAUGGCCCGUCGCGAGGCCGAAGCCGUUUGGGACAUUGAGAGCGCGAAGAAGCUUACAGAGAUCUUUGCGGCUUUCCUAGCUUACCUUGAGCACUACGAGGUCCUCUCUGACGCCUACCUCGCGCCCGCCAUCCGCCGUGCCUCGCUCAUGGCCAAGGCCGCGUCUCUCGCCCUUGUCCAGUCCAAGCAGAUCGAGGACAAGAUUGACCAGCCUGACGGACUCAACCACGCUGCUUGGGUCCUUCUUGGUGGCACGUACGGUAACCGCCAGGUUGUCGCCUCUGUUAUCGCUGCCGAGGCGGAGAAGGAGCAAGUUGUCGACGACGAUGAGAGCGAUGGCGGUUGGAGUGCUCCUGACCUUGACCUUUCGAGUCCCGGCAUGGCGUCCCUCACUGCCACUCAAGCUAUCGAGGUACUCCAGCCCAUGUUCGAUCCCGUCCCCGUCGAGUCGCUGCGCCAGGUCAACUACCUUCCCUUCUCGCGCCGCAAGGUCGUAGCUCUUCUCCCACCCGACACGUCCUCUAGCGGCCCGGCAUUCACCAAGACGUAUUACCGCCUGCGCACAGUCCCUGCUCCGUGGACUGACGAGGAGCGGUGGCGUGAACCUGGGCGCCGUGCCCGUGAGGGUGACGGUGAAGAAGAGGAGGACGAGGUGGUGGAGGAGCACCCCGCGAUCUUUGAAAAGGAGGAGGCAACGAUGGAAGACACGGGCGACAUUGAUUUCUGGAUUGACCCUGCGGGGCUCGACAUGGCAGACCCAACCUGGAUCAUUGGGAUGGGCUUCCGCGCGCGUUGGGCCGAGAUUGGCAGCUCGAUCGAGGGUCAGAGCUGGUGGAUUCUCAAGCUCAAGGACUAUGUCCUGCCAGCCUUUUGGCAGUCUACUGAACAGGAACGGCUCGCGGUACAGAACGACCCGGCUGCGCCGUACCCGGCGCAGGCGGUUGUCGCUGAGCCGCCGGAGUGA